AUGUCAUCAACAGAUACUCCAAAACAAGAGCUUACUUUUCAAAAAACGAAAUAUUGUUUAAAUGAAUCAGACUCAAUGAGAAAAGUUCGAAUCAAUAGUCUUAGUCAUUGGCCACAUUUUACACCGAGUUAUGAAUCAAUGGCAUCUGCUGGUUGGAUUUCAUGUAAUAUCAAUGAUCGAGUUAUUUGUAUAUAUUGUAAUAGAAUUUGUCAUCAAUGGACAAUGAAUGAUGAUCCAGCUGAAGUUCAUAGAAGACUUGCUCCACAAUGUCCAUUUGUUCUUUCAAUGUCUUCAGUACAUUGUUCACCAAACCUAAUCAAUGAAACAUUAACUGAAAAAUUAGAACCAUUUCAUCCAGGAAUGGUUGAAAUAUCUCGUCGAGAAGCAACAUUUUCCAAUGCUAAAUGGACAUAUAAUUCACCGAGUAUUGAAGAUUUGGUUCGUGCAGGAUUCUUUUUUGCUGGUAUUGAUAAUUCAGUAACAUGUUUUUAUUGUAAUGGUUCAUUACACAAAUGGGGUUCAAAUAAUAAUCCUACGAUUGAACAUGCUCGUUGGUUUCCUCAUUGUACUUAUGCAAAACAUUUAUGUGGAGAUAAAUUACAUGGAAAAAUUCAAACAUUAAAAAAACGAAAUUUAAAAGAAAAUCAAAUUGAUAAAGAUCAACUUAAUCGUUUAGUUAUAGCAAGACUUGAUUUACCUGCCGUUCAAUGUCUUCGUUCACAAUAUUCAUUAGCAAUUAUUAAACGUUGUAUUGAAGAUCAAUUGAAAAUAAAAAAUGAUGAUUUUAAAUCAGAUGCUGAUUUAUCCAUAGCUUGUCUCAUUCUUCAAAAACAACUUGAUAUUAUUCAAAGUUCUACAGACAAUAUUAUAAUUCCAUCAAAAAAUCAACAAUCAAAUACUUCAUCUCAAUCAUCAAAACAAUCAUUAGGUGAAUGUGUCAUAUGUCUUAGUGAAGAAAAAAAAUUAGCAUGCAUGCCUUGUGGACAUCUAUGUACUUGUGUCCCUUGUGGAUAUACACUUUCUUCAUGUCCGAUGUGUAGAAAAAAAAUUGAAAGUUUUAUAAGAAUUAAUUAUUAA